CUUCCCUCUCCUCCUCCCCCCUCCCUCGCUGGCAGCGCCCGAGCAGCCUAAGCCCCGCCUGCAGCCGGUUGAUCAGUUGUCAGGGAGCGGCCGAGCCCUGCGCUGCAGCCUGGGGGAGGAGCAGGAGGCCUUGCCGGGCCCCGCAGCUCUCGACGCCACGGCAGGGCAGGGGAGUCCCCGGCCAACUCACGGCUGAAGGAGUGGCGCCUGGCCCGCCCGCUGCGGAUGGCGGCCGGCUCCGAGGCCGAGGCCUGGGCGGGCCCCGCCUCCGUGUGAGGCCGCCGGCCGGGCCCCGCUCACCAUGCUGCGGCAGCUGCUGCACCGGGGCCUGAAGACCUGCUUCUACCGCCUGGGCUUCUUCAUCGGCAACCACCCGGUGUUCUUCGCCUCGGCGCCCGUGCUGCUCGCCAUCCUGUUCGGCGCCAGCUUCAGCCGCUACCGGGUGGAGGACAACAUGGAGUAUCUGUUCGCGCCGCGCCACAGCCUGGCCAAGAUCGAGCGCACCCUGGUCAACAGCCUCUUCCCCGUCAACCAGUCCAAGCACCUGCUCUACUCCGACCUGCAGAGCCCGGGGCCCUACGGCCGGGUCGUCAUCACCGCCCCGGGCAGCGGCAGAGGGAGAGGCGGCGGCGGCAACCUGCUCGACCCGCAGCACACACGGCUCAUCCUCCAGUUACAUUCAUCUGUGACACGGAUUCAGGUGCCAGUGUUGGGCUUCAACUACUCAUUUGCCCACAUGUGUAUUCUAAAGGACAAUAAGAUGUGCGUCCUGGAUGAUAUUGUUCAUGUGCUGGAGGAGCUCAGGGCUGCAUGGACGCAGAACCGCACAGGAAUUGUCAUCAAUUACCCAAAUACCUACCUUAAAGAUGGCCGGGAGGUGUUCAUCGGGCAUCAGCUUGGAGGAGUUACCCUGCAGAACAAAGACCGGGUGAAAUCUGCCCGGGCGAUGCAAAUCACUUACUACCUGCAAACCCGCAAUUCCCUGAAUGACUUGGUGGCGGAGAAGUGGGAGUCAACUUUUUGCGAGACCAUUGAAAGUUUCCAAAAAUCCAAUAAGGAGCUGAAGCUCUAUCCAUUUACAUCUUCAUCACUGAAGGAGGAUUUUCAGAAGAGCAGCCAUGUUUCGGAGUGGUACCUGGUGACCAGCCUGCUGGUGGUUUGGAUUCUGGCCAUGUUGUGCUGUUCCAUGCAAGACUGUGUUCGCAGCAAGCCUUGGCUUGGACUCCUGGGUUUAGUGACAAUGGCUCUGGCCACCCUCACCUCAGCAGGGAUCAUCAAUUUAAUGGGAGGGAAGUACAACUCCACCUUCCUGGGGAUUCCCUUCAUUAUUUUAGGACACGGACUGUACGGCAUGUUUGAAAUGCUCUCGUCGUGGAGGGAGACCAUGGAAGAUCAGCACGUGAAGGAGAGGAUCGCCACUGUGUAUGCCGAUACCAUGCUGCCCAUUACCCUCACCACUGCUAUGUACAUGGUAACAUUUGGCAUUGGUGCCAGCCCCUUCACCAACAUAGAAGCCGUGAAGGAGUUCUGUGUUAACACAUGCAUAUCUGUACUUUUUAACUACCUCUACCUGAUGGCAUUCUAUGGCUCUAAUCUGGUCUUCACUGGUUACCUGGAAAACAAUUACCAGCACAGCAUCUUUUGCAGGAAAGUGCCAAAACCAGAUGAUCUACAAGGUAAACCUGCCUGGUACAGGUUUAUCAUGAUGUCCAAGUUUAACGAGGAGGCAACAGCUCCAGGUGACACAAGCACCUAUGAGAAUCAUUUCCUGCUUUGGUUUCUGAAGCAGUAUUAUUGCGACUGGAUUACAAACACUUAUGUCAAACCUUUUGUGGUUCUGUUUUAUCUCGUUUAUAUCUCCUUUGCCUUAAUGGGCUACCUGCAGGUCAGUGAAGGACUGGACCUCAACAAUGUGGUGGCUACUGAGUCUCGCACUGUUUCGUACCGCACUGUCCAGCAGAGGUAUUUUAGCAGCUAUAGUCCAGUCAUUGGAUUUUAUAUCUACGAACCAAUAGAGUACUGGAACGCCAGUGUUCAGGAGGAUUUGCUAGAAAUAACUGAAGGCUUUGUUAGAAUAUCAUGGUUUGAAACGUAUUUAAAUUACCUUAAAAAAUUGAACGUUACCACUGCAGUGUCCAGAAACUACUUCCUAGAAACUCUGAGGAAUUCCUUCCUAAAGACUCCUCAGUACACCCAGUUCUUGGAUGAUAUCAUAUUGGUGAGGAAACCCAAUAGUGAACUAGAGUUGGUUGCAUCCCGUAUGUAUUUGGUGGCCAAGACAGCAGAGAACACCAGAGAAGAGAUUUAUGAUCUGCUGGAGACUCUGAGGAAGCUCUCUCUGACAUACAAGGUGAAGUUCAUGAUUUUCAACCCGUCCUUUAUCUACAUGGAUCGAUAUGCUUCAUCGGUGGGAGCACCCUUGCAGAACUCGUGCAUCAGUGCGCUGUUUGUUCUCUUCUUCACUGCAUUCCUGGUGGCGAACUCUUUGGUGAAUGUCUGGCUCAUCCUGACUGUGGCGUCAGUGGAGUUUGGGGUGAUUGGCUUCAUGACUUUGUGGGAAGUGGAAUUGGACUGUAUUUCUGUCCUUUGCUUAAUUUAUGGGAUAAACUACACCAUCGACAACUGUGCACCAUUCAUAUCUACAUUUGUCUUGGGAAAAGAUCUAACCAGGACGAAGUGGGUUAAAAAUGCUUUGGAACUGCAUGGAGUGGCCAUUUUGCAGAGCAACUUUUGCUACAUGGUCGGUAUAAUCCCACUUACUUCCGUGCCUUCUAAUUUGAUCUGCACACUAUUCAGGUGUCUGUUUCUAAUAGCGCUUUUCACCUUUCUCCACUGCUUUGCCAUUCUACCUGUGAUACUGACCUUUGUGCCGCCUUCUAAGAAGCGAGCAGAAAGGAAGAGCCCCAACAACCUCGAGGAGAUUGAGUGCAUGGAGAUGGUGGACCUGGAUGGCACGCGAGUGGUUGACCACAUCACCUCAGUCUGA